AUGGCGUUGAAGCUAAUUGAAAAAUAUAAAGUAGACAAAAAGGAGUGUGCAGAAUUGCUAAAAACUCAUGAAAACCAAGUCACAGCCUAUUCGAUUAGUGGACAUAAAGUACAAGAAAAACAGAUAACGACAGGCUAUAAUUUAUUAACAACUGAUCCAAACCCUGAAUCAUCACAAGGAAUUAAACGUGACCUUGAUAAUGAGGUGGAUGAAGAGGAGUAUGACGCGAAACGAACAAUUAUUGGUGGCAAAAGUACUAGUUGGAUAGUGAAUGGGAUUAACAUCUAUCAAAGACUCACAGAGUAUCAGGAAACAGGUCUUCCAAAAACAAGACCAGAAUAUUAUGACGAUGAUAAAACUGAAGAUAAUAUUGAAAAAAAAACAAAGUCAUUUCUGAAUAAUAUUAUUACUCGCGACAUAAAGGAAACUAAGAAAAAUCUUAAAUUACAAAAGAACGAUAC